CUAAACGUCAACAGCCCGUCUCAGCCCGCCUCAGCCCUGCUGCAGUGCUGCUCGUCGUCAGGCUGAGCGACUACUACACUGUCAAGCUCCUAGACCAUGACUUCACCUUCAACACACUGCCGGUGAGACACUGCAGUCACUUUCGUCUCGACCCCCCGCAACGACCGCACAUGGCGCGCCAGCUGCGCCGCGAAGACUAUACGGUGGGAUGGGUGUGCGCACUGCCCGUCGAGCUAGCGGUCGCGCAGGAGAUGCUCGACGAGGAGCACGACACACCCCCGUACAACGCCCAUGACACAAACCUCUACACCUGCGGACGCAUCGGCGAGCACAAUGUUGUCAUCGCCUGCUUGCCUGAAGGCCAAACGGGCACCAACUCGGCUGCAGCAGUCGCAGCGCAGCUGAAGUCGACCUUCUCGUCGACACGGCUUGGGCUGAUGGUGGGCAUAGGCGGCGGCGUGCCGAGCGAGGAAGCAGACGUGCGACUUGGGGACGUGGUGGUGAGCAAGCCGCACAAGAUGCACGGCGGAGUGGUGCAGUACGACUCGGGCAAGGCUACGCCGAGUGGGUUCGAGCGGACCGGAGCGCUUAACAUACCACCGACGGUACUACUAAACGCGAUUGCAAAUCUGCGGGCUAAGCAGAUGAGAGGGAGGGACAAGUUAUUGGAGUAUCUGUCAAAGCUCAACAGCUUGCCAGACUUCACGCGAGAAGCUGCAGGCCUAGACGCUCUUUACGACGCGACAUACAACCACAAGGGAGGAGCGACAUGCAAACAGUGCGAUGUGAAUUACUUAGUAGCUCGGGAGUCGCGGAGGCAAAAUGUCAUGGUGCACCACGGGACUAUUGCGUCCGGUAACCAGGUGAUGCGGAGCGCUGCCGAGAGAGAUAGGGUCAGCGCAGAGCUCGGCGGGGUCUUAUGCUUUGAGAUGGAGGCAGCGGGACUAAUGAACAGCUUCCCGUGUCUGGUCAUCCGCGGCAUCUGCGACUACGCGGACUCGCAUAAGAAUAAAUGUUGGCAACCAUAUGCGGCAGCGACGGCGGCAGCGUACGCGAAAGAGGUACUGUCGGUGAUACCGCCAGCGGAGGUGGCCAAGUCAUGCACAGUGGAAGAGGCUACCCGAUUCGCAUACAAACACACCUCUGAACGCCCCCUGAGUCCUGAUGCUAAACGUAGGAGGACCGAAAAGUCAGAAGAUUUAGAGAUUAACGUCCCAAACUUCCAGAACUUCACUUUGGCAAACGGAUCACAGAUAAAGCGAGUGACUAGGAUGCCUGCACAACUCUCGUCUCAGCAAAAAGAUUGCCUUAGAUCGCUUUCUUUCCCCGAGCAAGAGUACCGGUUCGAUGACAUCCAUACCGCGGUAGAUACCUGCGAAUGGCUUUCUGAAGAUGUAGGGUACCAAGCCUGGGCGAGAGGAACUUCAGGACUCUUCUGGAUUAAAGGAGAUCCUGGCACGGGCAAGUCUGUGCUUAUGAAGCAUAGCGUUAAGAGAAUACGUGAGCGCAGUCCUAACGACCUUGUUAUCUAUUUCUUUUUCCAUGGCCAAGGGACGCCCCUGCAGAAGACAUUAUUAGGGCUAUUCCGUGCGCUGUUAGCCUCGAUGCUCGAACACUUCCCAGAACACCUUACUCAGAUGACUGCCAAAUUUUCAGAGAAAGAGAAACGAUACGGGGGACAUACCGGAGGUGCAUGGGAAUGGACCGAGAGUGAACUUAAAGAAGUUUUGUCUAGUUUACUAACUAAUGAUACACACCUUCAGCGCAUUGUCAUCUUUAUCGACGCACUAGACGAAUGCGGAGAAGGCCCUGCAAAGAGCCUGUUAGCAUAUUUUCAAGACCUCACAUACCAGACAAAAAGUGAACAUGCGUACUUCAAAGUAUGUCUCUCCUCCAGACACUACCCAAUCCUUGCACUUGAUACCAUACCCUCGGUACAAGUGGAGAACAUGAAUGGUCAAGACGUGCAAUGGUAUGUUCAGAAGCAGUUGAGAAACAUUAGGCCAGAGUCAAAGCGCAGGCAAAUUGAGGCCGAGAUUCUAUCGAAAUUCAAUGGUGGAUUUCAAUGGGUGUUUCUUGUGACUAAUACAAUAGUCGAAAAGAAUUUGGUUGGCAUUAGAGCAGAGAAGCUCCUCGAAGAACUUGCCACCUGUCCGCAGACUCUUAGUAAAACGUACGAAGCAAUUCUUAAUGGGGUUCUACCAACCGACCAACAUCAAAUGACAAAGAUCUUCCAGUGGGUCCUGUUCGCCGAAAGGCCCCUGUCUGCUCAAGAGCUUCGGGAUGCGCUUGCUGCCGAUAGAGACAUGAGUCAUAGGACCGUUUCUGAUCUUCGAGCCUAUGAAGGUUGGUCUGAUACUUUAGCCGACUUCGAAAGAUACGUCAAACAUAUCUCUAGAGGUCUGAUCCGCUUCCAAAGCCGCGAGGUGUGGGAGCAAUACGAUCUCAAUGGAGAAGACUCAGACCGUGAGGCUCAGCUUAUACACCAAUCAGUGGCCGACUUUCUAAUACAGGAGGUUGUCAAUAUUUUUGGCCAUCAUCUACCCACAGCACUGUCAUUGGCAGGUUCCAGUCACCUCCAGAUAUCGAGAUCUUGUCUUCGAUACAUGACCUUGGAAGAUAUAUUAGAGAGCGCUCAUCUUUCGAGAGGUAUCAUUUCAUCAAGGUUCCCGUUAGCACCGUACGCCGUACGAUUUUUGUUUGCGCACAUCAAGAAAAUUGAAGAAGAAGGGAUCCUCCAAUCUGACCUCCUCUCUGCAAUGCAAUGGACGCCGAAAUCUAAGAUCAUGUGCAAGCUUGCCACACUGUGGAGGGCUUUGGAUCCAGACAGCAUACACACGCCUCUGGGGUGGCCCUUCGUCGGGGCGACGGCUUUGCAUGUCUUGGUGGCCUUUGGAUCUAUGAGCGCUGUCAAUGUACUUCUAGAGUCAGGCUGCGAGGAGAUGGAAAUCAGGGACGCCGACGGAAACACACCACUGAUGCUCGCCAUCAGAGAGGGCCAUCAGGAUAUUGCUUUAGUACUGCUAGAUCGAAUAGUCGAAUGCGAAGGCCAACAUAGACAGCAUGAUUCUGACGGCGAGCGCGGAGUUACACCCCUUUUAGUGGCACGUGCUGCGGGCAUCAACGCGCAGAACAACGAUGGUGACACAGUACUCGAUAUUGCUCUGGAGCAAAAAAUGGAUGGUGUCAUCUUCACACUUAUCGAAGCGG